AUGGCAAAGGCGUAUGAUAGAGUCCAGUGGCCGUUUUUGCUCAAGGUUUUGGAAAAGAUGGGAUUUUCACCAGCUUGGGUGGGUAUGAUUAGUAGAUGCAUCUCUUCAUGCUGGUUCUCUAUCCUGGUGAAUGGUGGUCCGACAGGUUUCUUUCAAUCCUCCAGGGGGCUAAGACAAGGGGACCCCCUAUCGCCUUCCCUCUUUGUUUUGGCGGCAGAUUACCUUUCGAGAUGUCUUGAUAGACUAAUCAAGGGGGAUAAAGAGAUGGUCUACAGAUGCCGGAAAAAGGCUCCCGUUAUUACUCAUCUUUCCUACGCGGAUGAUAUCAUCAUAUUCUCUAGGGCGCAUAGGGAGGCAGUGGGAAGGUUGGUCGGAUGCCUAGAUCACUACAUUGUUGUUUCUGGUCAGAAGGUGAAUAAUGGAAAGACACACUUCUAUCUGGCGACUGAGCACAUGGAGUUCGCUAGCAGUGUUGAGGAGGUGGGAGGAUUUCAGAGAGGGGUGAUGCCUUUCACAUAUCUUGGGGUCCCGAUCUUUAGAGGAGCGAGGAGGGCAGAUCACCUCUUGCCCCUUAGGCAGAAACUCAUGGACAGGAUACACAGUCUGCUUGGCUUUCUGGACGAAUUGGAGCAGAUACUGGCUAGAUACUUUUGGGGCACAGUUGGGGAGAAGAGGAAGCUGCACUGGAUUUCUUGGAGACUGAUCUGCUUGCCUUUUGAUGAGGGUGGCUUGGGCAUUCGCCGCUUCAGGGAAGUGGCAGUGGCUUUUGGCUUCAAGCUGAGGUGGAGACUUCUGGCACAGGAUUCUCUCUGGGCUCAGUUCAUGAUCCAGAAGUACAGUAUCCUCCCCUGUCAUCUGCAUACCUCCUCUUGUGGGUCACAUGAUAGUCCUACUUGGCGUCGUUUGCGUCGUAUUUGGUCAUACAUGCAUGAUUAUAUUCGUUGGUCCUUGGGUGAGGGGAAGAUCAGCUUCUGGGAUGAUGUCUGGCUUGGGGCUAACCCCAUCCAGAGUCUGUUUGGCGUACCUCCAGAUGUGAUAGACCAGAUCAGAGCCACGCCGAUCGAGUUGGGGGCGAAGGAUGUGAGGCGAUGGAGUCUGACUAGCCAUGGCGAGUUCUCUGUAACCUCAGCCUGGGAGAGCAUCCGGACUAGACUGCCAAAGAAGGAGAUUUUUGGGCUUAUCUGGAACCAAGGGUUGACCCCUACCAUCUCGGUCACUCACCACCUGCACGUGCUUGUCUUGGCUGGCAAGAUCACCUCGACCCACUGGAGGGGAUGUUCGCCGUCGGUUGAUUUCAUGCCUUUCUCCCCCAGACAGCGUGUUCUGCGGUCACUCAUGGUCCUAUGGCAUCCCCCUGAUGCCCCUUGGGUGAAGCUAAACACUGACGGUGCCUUCUCUACAUCGACAAUGGAGGCGGGGGAGGGAGGAUUGGUUCGAGGCCCUGAUGGAGGGCUUCUGCGUGCCUUCUGUGCUCCAAUAGCCGCAUCAUCGAGCUUUGAGGCGGAGCUGUUGGCUCUGAUUCGGGGGUUCGAGAUGGCUAUGGAGCUUUCGACACACAUCUGGAUUGAGCUUGACUCAACGGCUCUGGUUACCUUGUUGUCAUCUGGACAGCUUGGCGCUGCGGAUUUCAGACAUCACAUGGCUUUGAUCCGGAGUAUGACUGCUCAGCGGCAUGUUCGGUUCUCACACAUCUACAGAGAAGGGAACCGAGCUGCUGACUUUCUUGCAGGUAGGGGGGUUCAGACCCCUGCCCUUACUUAUUAUGAUCCAACCUCUGCGCCUCGGUUUCUGCAGGCGCUGGUGUUUAGUCAGCUUUUUCCACUCGAUAGCACAGAUGAUCCCGACUUGUGGGACCUCUAUUUGGCUUCUUCAUGUUUGUCAGCUAAGUAUCACGAGAAGGAAUAG